CCCAACGUCGUUCAGACUGCUGCCGACCUUGCCUCAGAGCGAACACUCAGCAACAUGCUCAAAGACGACUUCUCGGGCCUUGUCGACACUGCUGCAGAAGGGGAAUUUAUCAGAAUCAUUGCCGAGCUUUACGAGUACGUCAGCUCGGACAACCGACGUGAAUGGGAAUUCAGUCCGGGGCUCGCAGAUACCCCGUUCGCCGGGUACGCAAUGCAGCUUGGCAACAAGUCGGGUAUCAAGGUAGUGUAUAUUCGUCAAGGACUUCUCAGCAGUCGGCUCGGACCAUUUGUGCCAGAUGGACUGACGGAGGUUGUUCGUCAAAUCUACCACAAAGCAAUGAGACAUCGCGUCACCAGUCCAGACCUAUACGAUGGAACGGUGCUGCUGUCUGAAGCGGAGGAUCUUGCAGGAGCCUUAUACCAACACACGCUGGGACCGUCGAGCGGCACAGCGUGCCAGCCAUGCCUGGACUCAGAAGCCAUUGCGCUCUCAGGGCGCUGCAGAGUUGUCGGUUGCUCACGAUCGUUCCCGAGCGCGGACAGGUUAGUAGCCGAGCCACGAAGAAAGGAGCUCAUGGCUACGCACACAAGUACUGAAGAUGACACAAGUACGCCGCGCUCAUUCAUCAGCACGAAAGAGGGUCUUCUGAUCCUGCCGCGACUAGCUAUUCGAACCAUUCCCCUUGGACGAUCGAAUGUUGCGAGUAUGAUUACAGACACUACGACAAGUUAUGAGCUCCACAAGCAGUACACGCUAGCGGGCGGCGCGAUCGACAACUCGCUCAAUGUCAUAACGUGCCUCAGUUGCUGCAAGGAAAUACUGAGAAGCAACAUUCAAGAUCACUCGGAGCAAUCGCCGAGAUGUCGAACAUGCGAUAAUACCACGAUCCCCUGUGCCAGCUGCGAAUUGCAAGGCCUUACGUGUGGAAAGCAUGAAGCAACUUGA